ACGGGAAGUCAACGGUCUUUUGAAGGACAAAAACUUGCGACUUCCACGAACAAAAAACUCAAACCCAACGCCAAAACCAGAGGAGCAAGCGUUUGGUCCUUGAGAAACAUCUUGUUAAUGUUCCUUCGUGUUCAGUGAGCGUUUGUAUUUUUCCAAAAUUUUGAAUUUUUACAUUAAUCGUCUGAGAGAUGGCGGUGCAGUGGGUUCUGGUCUGCCACGGUCUGGUGACGCUGUUAGUGGUGAUUUCCUUUCUUUGCGGUCAGUGGCCUAUCUUUCAGGGGACUUUCAUCGAACGCAUCCACUACUUCCUCACCUUCGGCGCCUACGAUUACUUCCUGCGGUUCGUUGGGGCUGUGUUUGGCUCCAAGGGGACCAAUGCGAUGCUCUCCGUGGAGUAUUUCUGCUGCGACCGACCCAAUCCUAUAUUACAGAUCAUAUAUCUCGCAAUAAUUGGAGGAACCUAUUACCUUAUUGCAAAUUCUUCCUUUGAAUAUAUUCCUGGCUAUUAUCUAAGUGGAGUUCACAGGUACACAAGCUUGUUGGCUGUAGGUGUCGGUGUUCUGCUCUUUCUAUUGACUAGCUUUUCUGAUCCAGGAACUGUGAAGGCAGAUAAUGUUUCAAAAUAUAUCUCUGCCUAUCCAUACGACGGUAUUAUUUAUUCCGAGAAAGAAUGUUCAACUUGCAAAAUUCCCAAACCUGCCAGGUCCAAGCACUGCAGCGUUUGUGAUCGCUGUGUUGCUCGCUUUGAUCAUCAUUGUGGAUGGAUGAAUAACUGUAUAGGGGAGAGAAACACGCGCUACUUUAUGGCUUUUCUUUUGUGGCAUUUUCUUCUCUGCAUAUAUGGCACAGUUACCAUUGGGUUGGUUCUUGCUGGACAAUUAAAAGAAUUAAGAGUUUCUUAUAUUUUAACUGUCUAUUAUGGCAUUGACAAUUCUUUUCGUAGUUUAGCUCCACAUGUUGUACAGUGGUUGUUGGCCUCCUACAAUACUCAAAUACUUCUGAUGGUGUUUCUGGCAAUAGUUUCGCUGCUAUUGGCAGGUUUCUUUGGCUACCAUGCCAACCUAUGCCUCACAAAUACCACGACGAACGAGACUUUUAAGUGGCAAGAUUACUUAAGCUGGCAGAAGAAGCUAAAUGAAGCAAAGGCAAGUGCUGCUGCCCUCAAAGCUAGUGUCAGUGGGAUGAGAAGUGAAGGAAAUACUCCGAAGAGCAAAUGGAGAGCCUUUUUCCGAAAAUCGCCGCUAGAAGAUAUGCAGGUUGUUAAAAAUAACAUAUACGAUAAAGGAUUCUUCCAAAACCUUCUGGAGAUUGUCUUUCCCCCAUCGACGAGAUCCUCGCUUUUUCAAACAAAAUCAAAGUCUGGCUGAAAUUUCCAUUAAAAUUCUGUUGCUUUUGAUAACAUCAACUGGAGCUGGUUGUUUGAUAACCUGUUCCUGCAAUUUUUGGUCCUUAGAUGACCAGCCAGGUGCUCCGGGAAAGGAUUGUGUGAAUCAGAUCAGGACAUUUUACAUUUACCAUAAUUGCUGUAAUUUGAGGCUAUGGCACAUUAUGCUGGGACAAUAGAUUGCUCUGGAUAUGGUGAAAUAUUGUUAAACAGGGCACACCGCAUUCUGUAAAAGUUACAUUUGAAUAAUUUACUGAAAUAGGUCUUUUUUUCUUCU